AUGUCAUGCAACAAGAAGCGACAGCAGUUGGCUGACCUUAAAGAACAGAAUACGGCUCUAAAAGAAGAGAAUGCUGCUCUGAGUGAUAGACAUGCUACUGCUCAGAGAAGAAAACGAGCGCCUG